AAGUAGAAGAGGGAGGAAAGGCAGAAAUAGGAGGAGGGGUACGGAUGGAUGAGGAAAAGGACGCAGAAAAGAGUAGGGGUGCGGAGUAGAGAGUAUGGAGGAAAAUGAUGGGAGGGGGUGGAGGAGGAGGAGGGGAAGAGGGAGGAGCAGAAGGGAGGCUGGCACUCAGUCGGUCCGCCCAGCAGCAGCAGCAGCACCAGCAGGACAAUGGACUGUCUCCACUACGGAUCUUAACGGGCACUGGGCUCUUUCUGGCAAACUGGAAUAUAAGCAGGUGAAUAUCAAACAGCUCCAGGAUGCUGCCAUCCUCAUCCCUGCUAAUCUGCUGUUCACCAGCAGGCAUCUGAUUUACCAAACAUGAUGAAGACUGAACCCCCGUCAGCCACGGGGGGCAACGGGACCUCCAGUGGUAGCAGUGGGGGAAGCGGGAGCUCCAAUCUGCGGAGUCCCUCGCCCCACCGCAACGCCUAUGAGGCUGGACUGGCGGCACUUAAGAAGGCCACUGACCACCUCAACAAUGCUGCAAACGGAGGCGCCGGCCCUGCCUCCAAACCCGCUCCUCUGCCUCGCCCAACCGGGAGGGGACGAAAAUAUGGAUCAAAUGUUCACCGCAUCAAGAAUAUGUUCAUGCAGAUGCAGUCACCUGGUGAUGAGGAGGACGGAGCAAAAAUGAUUGCCAUCUUUCCAAUUAACUUUGGCAACUCAUUGGCAGGUGUAGAGCAGGGGGUAAAACUGUCCCUACCGAGGGCGUCCAGCCUUAACGAGAACGUGGACCACAGUGCCCUGCUCAAACUGGGGGCCACGGUCUCAGAGAGGGUCAACCGUUUUGACGCCAAACCAGGCGGAGAAGGCGGGGGCUUCUCCAAGCUCCAGGAGACCAGGAGGAUCUUCGAACAGCGGACUCUACAGGAGAAGCAAGCUGCCACCAACCGGAUCCUGCUGAAGAAGGAGCGGGCUUCGGGAUUCCAGGACAGUCGUCUAGAUGUAGUGGCUCGCUUUAACGGCUCCACCGAGGCUUUGGACCGACUGGACGACCCCCCCGCUCCCUCUCCCGUUCCUGCUACUCUUCCCGCACCAGCACCUAUUCCUGCACCGGCAACUCUUGCCGCACCGGCUACUCUUGCCGCACCAGCUACUCUUCCUGCUGCGGCGGCUUCAGUUGGGCCCAGUGACGCCGUCAGUCCUACCGUGAGUCAGCUCAGUGCCGUGUUCGAGAAGACCGAAUCGCAAAACAAUCUCCACGCCCCCCAACGUCGGUCAGGCCCUGCCCUAGCACCAAAGCCCAAACCUCCAGCCAGAGCGGAGGCUACCGGGAGAAAGGGGAAGCUGCUCCCUCCAGGUAAAGAGGAUGGCGGGGGGGUGGGACUCGUUUGCGUCCAGGCAGCAGAACUAGCAGAAGUGAGCGGAUCUCUACAUGGGAACUCAGAAGGGAAGGCCAGCGAGGAGAAGGAUGGGUUCAGACAGUCGGGAGAACAGCUCCCCAACUCCUCCUGCUCCUACUCUUCCUCAUCGACGUCUUCCUCUUCAGACGCCAAACCAGAGUCGGAGGCCCAUCCAACGACGACUGAAGCCAGGGGCUCAAGUACAGUGGCUGCCCCCGAGCAAGAACCCCAAGUUGGUGAGCCAGAUGGCUCCACGGGGGGGUCAGAGGCCGGAGCCAGGUUGGUGCAAGCCGACGUUCACGCCUCGCUGGAAAACGGAGAAAAAGAGCCUCCAGGUUCCUCUCCCUCCCCGGAGGAGAGAGGAGAGGACUCUGAGAGGGGAGGGGAGGAAGGCGAGGAGGAGGAUAACGAUGAGGAUGGCUCCAGGAAGGAGGAUUACUCUGAGGGUGAUCUGGUGGACAUCAGUGCGUACAGCGGGCUCGGCGAGGAGGACUCUGGGGGCAGCCAGCUAGACGACGAAGAGGAUGACGAAGAUGAGGAGGCGUAUCAGCCGGAGACCAGCUGUUCCGAGAUCCCGGGUCUCCCAGAGGAAGAGGAGCCGCCGCCACCUAAUAGGAAGAUUAAAUUCAGCACAGGGCCAAUCACGGUAUUCACCACCUACUCUAAUGAAGACUACGAUCGGCGUAAUGACGACGUUGACCCCAUGGCGGCGUCAGCCGAGUACGAGCUGGAAAAAAGAGUCGAGAAGCUGGACCUGUUUCCUGUAGAGCUGGAGAAGGACGGUGAUGGUCUGGGUAUCAGUAUUAUAGGUAUGGGUGCAGGAGCUGAUAUGGGUCUGGAGAAACUGGGGAUCUUUGUUAAGACUGUCACCGACGGAGGAGCUGCACAGAGAGAUGGCAGGAUCCAGGUUAAUGAUCUCAUAGUGGAAGUUGAUGGGACCAGCCUGGUCGGCGUCACUCAGAGUCUCGCUGCAUCUGUCCUCCGCAACACCACCGGCACCGUCAGGUUUGUGAUUGGUCGGGAGAAGCCCGGGGAGCAGAGUGAAGUGGCUCAGCUGAUCCAGCAGACGUUGGAACAGGAGAGAUGGCAGAGAGAGAUGAUGGAGCAGAGAUACAAACAGUACAUGGACGAUGACGAAGAGACGGGUGAAUAUGCGACGGACGAGGAGGAGGAGAUGAGUCCCGUGUUUCCAAACUCCAUAGAGGUUUUCGACCUGGCUGAAAACCAGGACAUAUUGUCUCCUGUGGAGCUCGACCCCGAGAAGCUAGCCCACAAGUUCAAGGAGCUCCAGAUUAAACAUGCAGUAACCCAGGCGGAGAUCCAGCUGCUGAAGAGGAAGCUGGCUCACGCGGAGCAAGAUAAGUUGCGUUGGCGGAUGGAGCGUGCUCAGUUGGAGCAAAACAUCCGGGACAGUAAAGAGAGGAUGGAGAAACUGGAGGGCUACUGGAUGGAGGCGCAGUCCCUGUGUAAGGCAGUGGAUGAACACCUAAAGGAAACCCAGGCUCAGUACCAAACUCUAGAGAGGAAAUACAGUAAAGCCAAGAGACUGAUUAAAGAGUACCAGCAGAAGGAGAUUGAGUACCUGAAGAAGGAGACUGCUCAGAGUCAAGUACAAAAAGAGAACGAGGCAACUCACAAAGAGGAGGCGGACAACCUGCAGGAAAAGAUUACAGACCUGGAGACCAAAGUGGAUGCCCUGAAGACCUCCAAACCGUCCUAGACUGCUGCUGCUACUUCCUACCUCCUGUCUGGGACUGGAAGAGGAGGAGCUCUGUCCUUAUUCUGACCUAGGCUGUAUUUUAAUCCAUUCCACCAUUUACUCCACAGACAGGUAGAAAAAAAGAAUAACAGGGAUGACAAUUGUGAAAGAAAGGACAAGGAGGGCAACAUUCAAAGAGGAAAGAAGCAUCCUCUCAUGUGAUAUCUAACCAGCGUCUUAGAGCUCUGUCAGUCAGUAACCAAUCCCAAAAUGCUUCCUCUGUAAUACCCAGAAUCCUCCUUGUGUGUCUUUCUGGCAACCCGGCUUGGCAAUCAACACGGAAACCACAAUCAACAACCUGUGCUUUAUUAAUGGAUGAUCUGUAUUGGCUUCUCUUCUCUUCAAUAUCUUACCCGGAUUCAAAUUUAUUUUAAAAGAAGCGCUUUUAUCGAAAAGGCUCGUCACAAAGUGCUUUACAGAGUGACAAGAGGGGAUGAACGUAAAAUAAAACCAAGGAAAAGGACAAUAGAUUUGUUGUUCUACUACUUUGGAAAUAGUUGGUUUGCUGAGCCCUUCCUUACGUUGUUUGGGACUGGACUGGAUUCUCCCGAAGAGGACAAACUUGUUUUCUGUCGCAUGGCAUUGAUCAUUAGAAUCCAAAACUACACCGAGAAGUGGCCACCACAUUUUUAAAAGACAAAUUCAGAAGUGGAACCUUGGUAGUAAUGUGCAACAAAGACUUUGAAAGGAAAUAGCCACCACCUGCUGAUAGUAAGUAGGGAAGUAAUAAAACUACAAAACAACAUGACCGACAAAUUUCUGAUUAGUGUGACAAACUGUAAAAUAUGUAAAUGGUCUGUUCUUAUAUAGCGCUUUUCUAGUCUUAAUGACUAUUCAAAGUGCUUUUACAUAGUACAGGAACCAUUCACCAUUCACACAUAUAACAAGCCUUUAGUUUCUCUUUUCCAGCCUGACUCUGCAAGCGAUGGAGGGAGUCAGUCAAAGGCGUGCUUUUUUUUUCUUUAGUUCUGAACUGUGGUGGCAUACUGUUUGUAUAUAUUCUAUUCAUGUUCUUAAUAGUGUUAAAUGGCUUAAUCAGUUAAGUAGGUCUGAUAUCUGAGGAAAAGGCAGUGCAAUGAGCAAAUGACUACAAAAUGGUUCCGUAGUCCAGAUUCAGUCCGUUUCAUCUCUUUUCUAUCAACAUCAAUGGUAAACAGGGUGUGAAUUGUCUGUGUGCUUAUAGAGCUUCUAAUGGUGUGUAUUUGUUGGUGUUUACCAGUACCUGUGCGUUUACGAGCACACCAACAACCUCUUAUUAAGGAUCGUCAUGAACUCAGUGUGUUCCAUUUACCUCUCAAACUUAGAAGCCAGAGAUGGGAAGACGUCACACCCGAGUUAAAUGCGUUCCAUGUAACAAGUCGGAUUUUCACUGUGGGGGUUAGCUCUAGCCAGGUUAGCCAUUGUUAGCAAUACCAGUUGAUAACAACGCAUUACGCUGUUAUUUUGUGCAUACAGACAGCGUAACAACAUGUCCACAGAUAGAAGAGGAACAGUUAUGUGUGUACGACCAUUAGGGUUUCCCCCAGAAACGCUGUUAAGCCUUGUGGCAAGUGUCUUUUUUUGACAAGGGCCCGGCUCAGACCAGCCACAGACUGAUGGUAGCAUUAACGUAGACCCCAGCAGUUUCUGUUAAACAGAAUCACAAUUUUAAAAAGCUAUAAGACAGAUUCCAUAGAGCCCCAUAUUAAGUCAGGGCUGAAAGUUCACUUGAAAAAUUAUGGCUACAUGUAUGUUCCCAACAGAGCUGCCCCUUUGUAACUGUAACUGUAGUUAAAAAACAUUUUUAAAAUACAUGAUAAUUCCCAGUGGCUUGGGGGGGGGGGGGGGGCAGCUUAGGCCCGGAGGGCCACCAGGCUUGCAAUACACUGGAGGAAACCCUGACUGAUUUAGUGAGAUACAAAUAAGACAGAAGUACUAAUAAACUGUUUGUUACUACAGCUGUCAAAACCGUUGAGGCACAGAGAAGCCAUGUUGUAUUUUGAGCUUGGGGCACUGUGAAGUUUUCCGAGUUCAAAGGAGCGUUUCCGACUUCCGAGCACAAAUGGAACGCACUAUAAAUUCAUUGAGUUGGUGCAGGGUUUUCAGAAACCUACUCUCAUCGAGGAUCACAGAAAAACUGAAUCUGCUAGUUUGAACCUACUAAUUUCCUGAGGCUAUUUUGUGUACAGCUUCUAUUUGCACUCACUGCAUCGUUUCAUGAGCCAAGGCUGAAUAAAUACGUUUAGAAUAUUCAGUUAACAGUGGAUGUGAACAACAGGAUCUCCUGAGAUGCACUUCAUAGUGUCCGUUGUUCAAACAUGUCCCGGAGGCAAAACUGUUCUGCAAAUGAACUCAUUAGUGGAGGUAAACUUCAGUGGGUAUAGCUAAAAUUCCUGAGAGAUCAAAUCUGUUGGGCUUUAUACGACGAUGGACAGAUGAUCAACAGUAACAUAAUUAACCACGUCACCAAAGAGCGUUUGGGUGGAAUUGAUUUAUAACAAAGACGGCUGCUGCUGGAGACCUGAGAUGUGCAUUUGUUAUAGAAGAUAUCGACAGCGCUUUCAUUUUAAAAGAAAAAAAAAAAAACGUGAUCAAGGCGUUUGUCAAUCAGAAAUAUGUUUUUGCUGUCCAACCUAUGGGAUUUGGCAGAAGUUCAACAUACAUCGUAUACUCUGUUGCUCUGAUUGGUUGUAGGUCUAACUAGUUGAGGUAAGAGACAUCUUCUGUCCUGGCUGGGUUGAAAUGCGCCCCGUAAUCACAGCCCAGUGGAGCAGCAUCAGACUCCACGUCAGGCUAAUCAAUGUCAUUUA